AUGACUUUCAACAAAUUAGCACCUGCAGCAGUAAGGUUAGCCUUCAUCAUAGCGCUGCUGAAAGCCACCAGCGUUGGAGCAUUGGCGCCACCACCACGCAGCUGCACGAGGGAAUGCGGCGGGGUAGAGAUCCCUUACCCGUUCGGCAUCGACGUCGAGCUAGGCUGCCAAGCCUCCGACGUCCGGCAGGGCUUCAAGCUGGCCUGCCGAGACAGUGGCAGCGGCCGCGGCAGGAGGCUACACUACUACAACAACGAGCUGCUGGACAUCUCGCUGGACAAGGGCCAGGUCCGGUGGCUCAACAACAUCUCCUCCUACUGCUACGACGCCGCCACCGGGGCCAUGAAGGUCAGCAGCCCGCCCUCCAACAUGGACCUGGAGGGGUCCGUCUUCCGGCUCUCCCCCGCCGCCAACAGGUUCACCGUGCUCGGCUGCAAGACGCUGGCCUACAUCGGCGACGCGGACGACGACGCGUCCUACACGGCCGUGUGCGGGGCCACGUGCAAGGGUGGCGACCCCUCGCUGCUGACCAACGGCUCCUGCGAAGGCAUGGGCUGCUGCCGGACGGCGAUCCCCAAGGGGCUGGAGAACUACCGGGUGUGGUUCGACAGGAACUUCAGCGCGCCCACGCCCGCGGCCGGCUGCAGCUACGCGGCGUUAGUCGAGGAGUCCAACUUCACCUUCUCGUCCACCUACCUCUCCUCGUCGGCGUUCGUCGACGCCUACGGCGGGCAGGCGCCGCUGGUGCUGGAUUGGGCUAUCGGAACUCUCGCCGGCGAGACGUGCGAGUCGGCCGGCGCCAAGCCGGAGUCGUACGCGUGCGUCAGCGACCAUAGCGUCUGCGUCGACUCGCCUAUUGGACGAGGCUACAUCUGCAAAUGCAACAAGGGAUACCAGGGAAAUGCUUACCUUCGAGACGGAUGCAAAGGUGUUAUCCUUGGAGUGGGUGCGGGCUUUGUAAUGCUAUUUCUUGGUUUGAGUGGAAUAUCCCUCUCCUACCGAUGGAAAAGAGGUAUCAAACAACAACAACGUAGGUUGUAUUUCCAAAAAAACCAAGGCCUUCUAUUGGAACAACUCAUAUUGUCAAAUGAAAAUGCAAGUGAUAGAACAAUGAUUUUCUCCUUGGAAGAGUUAGAGAAGGCAACAAACAACUUUGAUGAAACUCGUAUUGUAGGCCAUGGAGGACAUGGAAUGGUAUACAAAGGCAUAUUAUCUGAUCAACGUGUGGUCGCUAUAAAAAGGUCAAAACUUGUUGAGGAAUUUGAGAUCAGUCAGUUUAUUAAUGAGGUCGUAAUCCUCUCCCGGAUAAAUCAUCGAAAUAUAGUGGAGCUCUUUGGAUGUUGUCUUGAAACGGAAGUGCCCCUCUUAGUGUCUGAUUUUAUCCCAAAUGGCUCUUUAUUCGACAUUUUGCAUGGUGAGUCAGCAAGUAGACAGUCUUUAUCAUGGGAUGAUUGUUCGAGGAUUGCUCAGGAAGCUGCUGGGGCUCUCUGUUAUCUACAUACAUCUGCUUCAAUAUCGAUCUUUCAUCGUGAUGUGAAGUCCUCUAAUAUAUUGUUAGAUGGAAAUUUCAUUGCUAAAGUUUCAGAUUUUGGUGCUUCAAGAACAGUUCCUAUUGACCAAACGCAUGUUACUACUAACAUACAAGGAACAUUUGGAUACUUGGAUCCAGAAUAUUAUCAAACUGGGCAACUAAAUGAGAAGAGUGAUGUGUACAGUUUUGGUGUGGUACUCGCAGAGUUACUUACAAGAAAAGAGGCCGUUUUCACAAAUAGUUCAGGUAUAAAGCAAAACUUGUCCAUCUACUUCAUUUCAGAGAUUAAAAUGAAGCCAAUAAGAGAGAUUGUAGCUACUCAAGUUCUUGAAGAAGCAAGCGAGGAUGAAAUUAGUAUCGUCAUCUCUCUUGCGGAGAUGUGUUUGCGUCUCAAGGGGGAAGAAAGGCCUACUAUGAAGCAAGUGGAGAGUACAUUACAAUAUAUGCGAACAAAAAGGUUGGCCUCAUAAUAAGUCGUUGAAGGAAACAAAGCAGAAAUCGAACCAUUUAUCCAUAGUUGUCAACCUUUCGCCAUUCGUAUGGGCCAUGAAGCUCAUUUAGAAUCAUCUAGUAAUUUCUUGGUCUGGGGCAAGAGAUUAUG